AUUUUUAAAAGAUGAGCGAGUAUAACCAAAAGGAGAGCAUUCUUGCUCCUGUAUCAUCAGUUAUGACUCAUGAAGAAUUAAAAAUACUGAAUAAACUUCAAGGGAUAGCUGGGAUUCAGCAGGUUACAAGAAUUACUUAUAACUCAAAAUAAGAGGGUAAAAAUUGAGGAGGUAGGGAGUACACUCGAGGAAAUAUUUACUAAAAUCGGCAAACCUCUUUCCAUAAAAUCUACCUGAAUGUUAAUGAUUCAGCUACUGUCAGUUAUUAAGAAUAUUCAUGAAAAGGGGGUUGUUCAUUUAGGACUCUCUUUGAAAUCCCUUGCUUUUGGCACUGAGAACAUGAACAAAAUCCUUUAUGUUAUUAAUUUCAGUAAUUGAGCUGAGAUUGGCCAGGCUAACUCCAAAAGCGAGGAAAAUUGUCGGGCUUUAGAUUGGUUUUCAAGCAGGCAUCUUCACCUUGGAGAAGAAUACUGUAAGCAUGAUGACCUUGAGUCUAUUCUUUAUAUUACUGUAUACCUUCUAACGAAGGAGCUCCCAUGGUCAGAUAUUGAAGGAGAAAUGGACGCAGGAAAACUAAUGAACAUGAGAUUUAGAAAAUAAAGACCACUCAAAUCUGUAUAAGGGAUGAUUUUAUGAGAUUGAAAAAUUUGGAGAGUACGUCUGCUCUCUUGGGAAAGAUGAUGACAUCGAUUAUGAUAAAUGAAUAAGGUUCUUCAGCAAGAAAUUUUAUUCCUGAGAUUAUGACUUUGAUUACAUCUAUGACUGGAAUCUUGAAUUUUCAGAUGACUUAGAAGAUUCUAAAAGCUCAGAUUCUGAAUCAAAUUGAAAUGGAUCUCAACCAAAAUCAUCUCUGAAAAAGAGCAAAUCUGAUAAUAAAUAAAAGUGAGAAUUUUGAAGAAAGCCUCAGAAAUAAAAGCCUUGACAAAGAUAGAAUUUACCACCCAAAGCUUGAAUUAAAGGAUCUUAAAAUUCAAAAACCGUCCUCUGAAGCUAAGAAUAAGAUAGCAUCUAAGCGGAAUUUAUACACGAAGGGGAUUAAGAAUUACUCUGCUAUCACUAUUUCUCGCCAAGAUCGCAAUCAACAUCAAAGUACUGACAUAUCUGGGAAUUUGUUAAACCCACCUCAAUCUUUGCUUAGAAGUAAUCUUAGGAAGAAGAAAGUUACUAAUAAAAUAAGCAAACACAUCUGUUGAUCAAUUGGGAAUAACUCAAUUCAUAUAUCAAGCUCGCGCAGACUUGUAGAAGGAUCUACCAAAGUGAAAGAAGGAUGAAAACAAAAGCAGAAACUUACUCUUAAGGAUAUCAAAAUCAGGGAAAUAGUCUCUGAAAAUGUUAAAGAAAAACCUAAAUUUCAAGAGAAAAGAGGGAGUGUAGCUAAAUCAAAAGAUAAGCCCACGACUCCGUACAGGAAGUAUACUGCUACUGAAGAUGAGUGUUUUCUACCUACUGAAUUUACAACAGAAGGAGUCUCUGUCCAAAGCGUGAAAGUUUCAAAAUUCAAUGAUAGUGUCCUCCUAACUAGAAGAAUCCCCAUGUAGCCAUCGAAUACUAAUAUUUACGAUUACAGCAUAUUGUUAUAACUAUUUUC